GUCUGGACGCCUUACGCUCCCGGAAGUGGGAGGUGUCCGCGGGAGUUUGUGUGGCCGCCGCCGCGGGAACGCGAGCCCGGUAAUUUUUCAACGGAGAAAGGCGAGGCUCUCGGGCUUGGCCGAGUGAGAGUUAGCGAGUGGCGGACACCAGCAGCUCUCUUCUUAGGUGACACGCAGCAUGGAGGAUGAGCAGAGCCACCAGCCCGGCGGCGAGGCCCUGGCUCCCGCGCGGCGCGGGUCGCUGGGGUCGGAGUGCGGGGAGCAGCCGCAGCAUCGGAAUCCCGAGAAAAAGCAACGAUGUAGACUUGAUGGCCAAGAAACAAAAGGAUCUAAAUUCAUUACCUCCAUUGCAAGUGAUUUCAGUGACCCAGUUUACAAAGAGAUUGCUAUUACAAAUGGUUGCAUUAAUAGAAUGAGUAAGGAAGAGCUCAGAGCUAAACUUUCAGAAUUUAAGCUUGAAACCAGAGGUGUAAAGGAUGUACUAAAGAAGAGACUGAAAAACUAUUAUAAGAAGCAAAAGCUGAUGUUGAAAGAGGGCAGUUGUGCUGACAGUUACUAUGACUACAUCUGUAUUAUUGACUUCGAAGCCACUUGUGAAGAGGGUAACCCACCUGAGUUCAUACAUGAAAUAAUAGAAUUUCCUGUUGUUUUACUGAAUACACAUACCUUAGAAAUAGAAGAUACAUUUCAGCAGUAUGUGAGACCAGAGAUUAACACACAACUUUCUGAUUUCUGCAUCAAUCUAACUGGAAUUACUCAGGAUCAGGUGGACAAAGCUGAUACCUUCCCUCAGGUACUAAAAAAAGUCAUUGAAUGGAUGAAAUUGAAGGAAUUAGGAACAAAGUAUAAGUAUUCUAUAUUAACAGAUGGUUCAUGGGAUAUGAGUAAGUUCCUGAACAUUCAGUGCCGGCUAAGUAGGCUUAAAUAUCCACCUUUUGCCAAAAAAUGGAUCAAUAUUCGGAAGUCAUAUGGAAACUUUUACAAGGUUCCCAGAAGCCAAACCAAGCUAACAAUAAUGCUUGAAAAACUCGGAAUGGAUUAUGAUGGGCGACCUCACAGUGGUCUUGAUGACUCUAAGAACAUUGCCCGAAUAGCUGUUCGAAUGCUUCAGGAUGGGUGUGAACUCCGGGUUAAUGAGAAAAUGCAUGCAGGACAGCUAAUGAGUGUGUCCUCUUCGCUACCAAUAGAGGGCACCCCAGCUCCGCAAAUGCCCCAUUCCAGAAAAUAACAGCACUUUUGCUCUUUUGCCCCUGGAUCAUUCACUCUAACUGGAGCUGCUACAAAGAGGUAGCAGAUGAAUACUUAUUGAAUUAGUCCUGCAGUGCAAAACUUAAGCACCUUAAACAUUUAAAAUCUUAUUUCAGUUAUAGAUAGAUGCAUAUAUAUGUGAACAGUUCUGUGGGGAGGGCAUAUUGAAUUUUUUGUCAUCAGCACUUUUGAUAUGAGCAGUAUUUGUUACACAGUAGCAGUUCCUGCUUAGAACUGAAUUUGUAAUUUAAGGUGUCCAAGAUGUGUUCCUUUUGGUUUUAAAAUGUUGGCUCUCCCCUUGAAUGUUAUUUCUUAUUGAUGUUAAAAUAUGUAAAAUGUAUUUCUACAUUAACAGCAUUAGAUCAGAUCAUUUCUUAAAAUACAGAAAAGAUGGGAAAGAUAUAGGCCUUAUAUAGCCUUUGGUUUUUAAGAGUAUCAUAGUCUUUUUGGUUUUUGGAGUUUCUUUGUGAAGGUCAGCUGCGAGUGGUGAAUUUCAUAAAGUACUUGGUACACA